AUGCAAUUGAAGAAGACCCGGAACAUCUUUGGUGUAGGCCAGAAGGCUGCUUGGUUCGAAGACGGCGAUGAGGACGGGUCGCCCGCGCCUGGACAAGAGGCUAUGCAGCUUCUUAUCCAAGCGUCGAGAAUCCCUUUCCCUCGCCUGAGCUAUUAUCGUAGUCCCAGCAUGUUUUCCAUAGCUGCUCGCAUGAGUUGGGCUUCUGGUAGGGAUGCUACGCGCGUCGAGGAUGUGGCGUACAGUCUCCUCGGGCUCUUUGGCAUCAACAUGCCACUACUAUAUGGCGAAGGCGAGAAUGCCUUCAAUCGUCUCCAGCAGGAGAUCAUACGCUCGUCUUCCGAUGAGUCCAUCUUCGCAUGGCGAAGUCUGUGCGAUUCUGGUUGUGAAGCGGACGGUUGCUUCUCGCGAUGCUGCUCGAGCAACACCCUGCUUGCCCGAUCGCCUGCGGCCUUUCAGCGUUCUGGAGAUAUACACGAACUGUAUAGAGAUAUGCCGACGCCCGAGGAAAUCGAGGAACCGGAUAUCGAGGUCGAAACUUCCCGUACCCGGUCCAUUACACAUAGCAUAACGAACCGGAGCGUCGUCCUAAGACCAAAGGCCUUCCUGACUCGACGGUCUGGCACCUCGACUGUCAUGGUGGAACAAGAAGAUCACACUUUAAAGGAAGUGGCAAAGACACCGGGAACACACUGUUACUACAUCGUGUACCUUCGUUGUUACGACGCGAAGGAGGAUAGGCAGUGCUCCCUGGUGCUUGACGCAGAUGAGACUGAUCUCGAAUAUAGCGGCAUGCCAUUGUCCCGCAUCCUCGUACCUUCGUACCAAUAUUACGGUUCGCCCGUUGACGUCUUCUGUCGAGUACAGUCGUGUAAUCUACACUUCUCUCCCUUUGCAAAGGACUAUGAUGGCGUUUUUGAACUGGACUUUGGCAUUGAAGAGAUGGAUGUUGUUCUGUAUGCGCCUAUCGGAGCAGUGAACGAAGACGACAACUCGGACGAUCCGGACGACCCGGACGACCCUAAAUAG